AUGUAUGGACAACAACUUAGAAGGCAACAAAAGAGUGUGAAGUGCAAGAAAUGUGGUGUUGUGGGCCAUAAUAGCAAAACAUGUGAUAGGAGGACCUACAAUGAAGAAGCUGGGAUGAGAUCAAAUAAUGUUCAACCACCUCCGACAUCCACAGUUGGGCUGGUGUCUAGGGACGGUGUUGGAGGAUCAGUGCACAUGACAAAGAAACAAAAACAGCAUCCAACAUUGUUGCCCCCUGUUUUUGAAGAAGCUGAAGAGAUUGAGGUCUUCAUUCUCACACAAAUGUCUCAGUCAACCACAACCACAAACACAAACAUUGAAGGACCCUCAAUGUGGGAUCAACUUAAGAAGGGAAGAACAAGAGAUCCUCCAGUUGAUGACUCUAACCAGAAGAAGUGCAGUAAUGUUUGA